AUGUCUGGAAAAUUCGAGCCCAAAGUCCCCGUCCAGCUGGACCCUCCCAAGAGCGAUCCCAUCUCUCUCGAGGCUCUGGCUGCUGCCAACGGAGUUGAUGGAGCAAAGACCUACGUUGCGAUCAAAGGCAUAGUCUAUGAUGUGACUGGCAACAAGGCGUACCAGCCUGGAGGCUCAUACCACGUCUUCGUUGGAAAGGAUGCUUCUAGAGCACUGGGAAAGACAUCCACUAAGCCCGAAGAUGUUAGGCCAGACUGGCAAGACCUCAGCGACAAGGAAAAGGGGACUCUCGAGGACUGGGUGACGUUCUUUUCUAAGCGAUACAACGUAGUGGGAGUUGUCGAAGGUGCCAACAACUUAUAA